UCCAAGCGAGGCGUGCAAACCGGCGCUUCCAAUCCAAUCUUCCUGCUCGCGAAAGUGUUACAAAUCUACAAACUGCUCGAUAAUGCAGCGAAGACACGUGCUCCUCAAAGUGAUCAUCGUGCUGGCCGCUCUGCUGCUGCUGCUGUGCGCACAAAGCGCGGAUGCCAACGGCCAUCAAAAGAAGAAAAAGGUCAUCAUACAUGUACCGGUCCACAAGAAGAUCGAACAACACACCCACACCAUUAUAAAGCAUAUACAUCAUCAUCACAAACCGAUUGUCAUCAAGGAGGAGAAGGUUAUACACAAAGAACAUCAUCCGGUCGUACACCAAGAGCACAUCCAACACGAGCAUCAGCAUCACCAUACUGAGAAACAUGUACAUCCGAUUAUCGAAGAGGAGGAGGAACAUAUACACCAUCACCAUCAGUAUGAGCACAAGGAGCAUGAGGAGGGUCAUGAGAGUUGAGCCAAGUCCACUCUGGUCAAUUAAAGCCAUGAAAAGUAGUUGAAAUUAAUUAGGAACAAUUAAAUUUUAAUAUUUCAGAAAUCAUUAAUUUCAAAAUGGAAACUAGGUACUAAUUUCCAAAUGUGGAUCCUAAAUUAAUUUAUAUAAAAAAAAAAAUUUUAAAUAAAAGGUUUGAAAAUAUA